GAACGAAACAUACCGUUAGGAGUCUGCUGAUGAUUUGAUUGGAUAGAUGAUGAGACGGGUGAUCAGAAAGAAGUACAUGUAUUUUUAUGAAUAAGAGACGGAGCGAGGAGAGGAUUGCACAUCUGGAAAUGCUGAAAAGGAACUCCACGGAAUUACAGGACCCAGACUGGCUGACAUUCUUGCGCCUCUACAGGUAUUCGUCAUUCGAUAUUUUCAGCAAAUGAAUUGAACAACACAUUUUGUUGUACAACGCUGUCUGGAAAACAUCUCCCUUCCCUCUGGCAAAAGAAUAGCAGUGUGUUUCAGUUGGACAGACUGGACAGAGCGCAGCCGACACAGCGACGGUGUGAGUGGAGCAGAGAGAACCGAGGAUGGGGGGCGGAGGUCAGCAGACGGAGUCAAGCGAGCCGGCCAAGUGUGACGGGGUUGGGCCCGGUGGAGGGCGAGGUGGCAGUGCAGUCUACACCUGGGAAGAGGUCCAGAAGCACUGCCACAGAAGCGACCAGUGGUUGGUCAUCGACAGGAAGGUCUAUAAUAUUACCCAGUGGGCGAAGAGACACCCGGGGGGCAUCAGGGUCAUCAGUCACUUUGCUGGAGAAGAUGCCACGGACGCAUUUUCCGCAUUCCAUCCCGAUGCUAAUUUUGUCAGGAAGUUUCUGAAGCCGUUGCUGAUUGGAGAGCUGGCACCGACAGAGCCCAGCCAGGACCAGGGGAAAAACGCAGCUCUGGUGCAGGACUUCCAGGCCCUGCGUGACCGUGUGGAGAAGGAGGGUCUCCUCCGAGCCCGCCCCCUCUUCUUCAGCCUCUACCUGGGCCACAUCCUGCUACUAGAGGCCCUGGCUUUGGGCCUGCUCUGGGUCUGGGGGACCAGCUGGAGCCUCACACUGCUCUGUUCCCUCAUGCUGGCCACGUCUCAGUCCCAAGCUGGCUGGCUGCAGCAUGACUACGGCCACCUGUCAGUCUGCAAGAAAUCUAGUUGGAAUCACAUACUCCAAAAGUUUGUCAUUGGACACUUAAAGGGUGCCUCUGCUAACUGGUGGAACCAUCGUCACUUCCAGCACCACGCUAAACCCAACGUGUUUAGUAAAGAUCCUGAUGUUAACUCACUGCAUGUCUUUGUCCUGGGAGACAAACAGCCUGUAGAGUAUGGUAUAAAGAAGUUGAAGUACAUGCCCUACCAUCACCAACACCAGUACUUCUUCCUCAUUGGACCUCCACUACUUAUUCCAGUGUAUUUCCACAUCCAGAUAUUGCGGACCAUGUUUUUACGACAGGACUGGAUGGAUCUGGCGUGGUCGAUGAGUUUCUACCUUCGCUUCUUCUGCUGUUACUAUCCCUUCUUUGGUUUCUUUGGCUCAGUAGCAUUGAUCAGCUUCGUCAGGUUUUUGGAAAGCCACUGGUUUGUAUGGGUGACCCAGAUGAAUCACCUUCCUAUGGAGAUAGAUCACGAGAGACACCAGGACUGGCUCACCAUGCAGUUGAGUGCUACUUGCAACAUUGAACAGUCAACCUUCAACGACUGGUUCAGUGGACACCUCAACUUUCAGAUUGAACACCAUCUGUUUCCUACCAUGCCCCGUCAUAACUACCACCUGGUGGCUCCUCUGGUUCGUGCUUUGUGUGAGAAACAUGGAGUUCCCUACCAGGUCAAGACUUUGCAGAAAGGCAUGACUGAUGUUGUCAGGUCACUGAAGAAGUCAGGGGAUCUGUGGCUGGAUGCGUAUCUCCAUAAAUAAAUCCCUUCCUGACUCUGGACGGGAUUUAAUCCAUCGCAGAUUAACGACCUGCGAACAGAGAGGACAUUUCCUGGAUGUUUUUGAUGAUAAUGAUCGCUGCAAACAUUAUUGUGAUAUAAUUGUUUUAAUCCUUGUCAGCAGUGAAUGGGGAUCCAUAGCAUAAAUAGAGGGUUUAUAUAGUAGGGCCAGGCGUUUUU